GAUCCCAAAUGUGUCAGUUUCUGUCUCUACCAUGCCUCGUGGCAUCCUAAACAGAACUGUAUUGUCUGUCUUCCUGCCUCUUCCCUUUCUGCUUCCUCAUCUCCUGCUCUCUGUUUCUCCCUCCCUCGCUGCAUUUUUCUCAGGCAGAGGCGUCCAUGGACCCUCUGGCUCCCAGCUUUCGUCAGUGACUUGGAGUGCUUUGAAAACUUUGUGAACUCUUCCUCUUGGAGUGGGAAGGCAGAGAAAGGCGAGCAGUUGAUGGGACGCUGCCCGGCAGCAGCAGCAGGCUCCUCUGGAGACAGCAUCAGGACUCUCGACUGGAGGUAAUCCCCCAGAAAAUGAUAAGAAAACACCUCAGGCUCCUAACCCCCCUGGCCCUGCUGGGACUCCUUGUGGGGUUGGCAGACCUUAGCCACGGCUCUGUCGGGGAGGAUGAGGAUUACUACAUGCAGGGGCUGCUGACAGGAGAACAAUACAACCAGGUCCAGGUGUUGGAAAAGCAAAAUUCCUUUAUACCCGUUGGUGAGGAAAACCCAAAGGAGCAUCCUGCCAAGAAGACUGCCAAGGCAAAGUCAGACAGCAGUAAGAAGACAGAUAAAACCCCAGCAGAUGCAAAAACAGUAAAAUCACCCAACAAAAAGGCAGAGAAGACCAAGAACACUGCAGUGAAAAACCCGAACAGCGUCUCAGAAGGAGAACAACAAUACAACCCGAUAAAAGACGAAUGCCCUCCCAUUGGACUGGAGUCAUUGAAGAUUGAUGAUUUUCAGCUUCAUGCGUCAUCUACCAAACGCUAUGGCCUUGGUGCACACAGAGGUCGCCUUAACAUUCAGGCUGGCCUUUAUGAAGAUGACCUCUAUGAAGGGGCCUGGUGUGCUGGGAGAGAUGACACUCUACAGUGGUUUGAGGUGGAUGCCAGGAGGCUGACAAAGUUCACUGGGGUCAUCACACAAGGCAGGAGCUCCCUCUGGUCGAGUGAUUGGGUCACCUCGUACAAGGUCAUGUUUAGCAAUGACAGCCAUACCUGGAUAACACUGAACAAUGGCUCAGAAGACUUGAUAUUCAAGGGCAACAGGGAAAAAGAGAUCCCAGUCCGGAACAUCUUCCCAGAACCUGUGGUCAGUCGAUACAUUCGAAUUAACCCUCGCUCUUGGUUUACCAGGGGCAGCAUCUGUAUGCGGGUGGAGAUCCUUGGUUGUCCUAUGCCAGAUCCAAAUAAUUAUUAUCACAGACGCAAUGAAGUCAUAACAACAGAUGACUUGGACUUCAGACAUCACAGCUACAAAGAAAUGAGGCAGCUUAUGAAGGUGGUUAAUGAAAUGUGUCCCAACAUAACCCGGAUCUAUAACAUAGGAAAAAGUCAGAGCGGCCUCAAAUUGUAUGCGAUCGAGAUCUCUGACAAUCCGGGAGAACAUGAAGUUGGCGAACCAGAGUUUCGUUACACGGCAGGAUUGCAUGGUAACGAGGUGCUGGGACGAGAACUGCUCCUCCUGCUGAUGCAGUUCAUGUGCCUGGAGUACCUAUCUGGCAACCAGCGGAUACGUCACCUGGUGGAAGAGACUAGAAUCCAUCUACUGCCAUCUGUCAACCCUGAUGGGUACGAGAAAGCCUUUGAAGUGGGCUCCGAGCUCAUCGGCUGGUCUCUGGGUCGAUGGAGCAACGAUGGAAUCGACAUUCACCACAACUUUCCUGAUCUUAAUGCUAUUCUGUGGGCAGCUGAGGCAAAGAAGUGGGUUCCUCGUAAAAUGUUCAACCACCAUGUCGCCAUCCCAGAUUGGUACCAGUCCACAAAUGCCUCAGUUGCCUUGGAGACACGAGCUCUGAUAGCAUGGAUAGAGAAGAUGCCCUUCGUGCUGGGUGGUAACCUCCAGGGUGGGGAGCUGGUGGUGACCUUCCCGUAUGACAGAACUCGCUCCCAAGGGGUGGUCAGGGAGCAAACCCCGACCCCAGAUGACCACAUCUUCCGCUGGCUGGCCUUCUCCUACGCGUCCACCCACCGUCUGAUGACUGAUGCCAACCGACGGGUCUGCCACACACAAGAUUUUGCCAAGGAGGACGGCACCAUCAAUGGCGCAUCCUGGCACACUGCAGCCGGCAGUAUGAAUGAUUUCAGCUAUCUGCGCACAAAUUGCUUUGAGCUGUCGAUGUAUGUGGGUUGUGACAAAUUUCCUCAUGAGAGUGACCUGCCUGAGGAGUGGGAGAACAAUCGCGAGUCUCUUCUUGUAUUCAUGGAGCAGGUGCACCGUGGGAUCAAAGGUGUAGUCAAGGACCACCAAGGUCGUGGAAUAGCUAAUGCCAUCAUCUCUGUGGAGGGCAUCAACCAUGACAUUCGUACAGCUGCUGACGGUGAUUACUGGCGCCUGCUGAACCCAGGGGAGUACAGAGUAACAGCGAGGGCUGAGGGAUACAGCCUCGUGAGCAAGAAGUGUGAGGUGGGCUAUGAGAUGGGUGCCACCCGUUGCGACUUCACCAUUGGCCGCACCAACAUGUCACGAAUUAAAGAAAUAAUGGAAAAAUUCAAAAAGCAACCCAUCAAAUUGCCCAUGAGGCAGCUUGCAGCCCGGGGGUCCAGAAGGAGACGUCUGGGAACAUAAUGACCGUAUGAGGUAGCUGGAGGAAGAAUUAAAAACAAACAUCUGCUCUGAUCAGACUGCGGUGAAGGCCAAGCCUGGGUUUGGACCUGUGUCAGAUUCCUUCUGAGUGCUGUCAGUGGAAUUAGUGUUUUGAGACAAAAAAUGUGGAUUAAUUUAAACGGGGCACUCUAUUUGAUUUUUUGUUUGGUUAGAGCUUCUUUGCACUCACUGUCAUCAUCUCAACUUUUCUGUCAUCUCAACAGUAAACAUUUAUGCUUUUCAUUUGGUGGAAGGUCAAGUUUGUUAAUAGGGCAAAUCUUGUGGCAUUAGCUAUAACAGCAGAUAAGAGAUUGUCAUCAUUUUAGCGCCAUUUUUUCUUUAAUAAAUGACAAUAGAAAUUUUAAGCCACUGUGAGGAACAACCAUGAAUGUCAUUAUGCACAUACUUAAUAACUUAUGUAACACAGUUAUGUAAACAGUUACAAAAGCUUUAUUACCAACAACUGUAUAAUGUUGAGUCCUUAAAAAGCUUGUGGACUUAGUGACCUUAGGUUGUCAUUGAUUCUGUUUUAUACACUUUUCUUUUAGUUAUUAAAAUAAAAGCUGUGUUUUGCA